AUGAUAACCCGACAUUUAAUCUUAUAUCACCUGGUAUUUUUUGAUGAUGAAGAUUUAUCUAGCCAAUGGGUGUAUUACAAAAUUGCAAACCCAAACCGAGAUUUACGCAGCAUUAGUGGAAUUGUAGAAGCUUGUUCAGGAAGAGUGAAUAUAUUCUUUAAAGAAUGUGUCCAGCAGUGUGAUGAUAGCAACAAGUGGGCUCCCAACAACACCAAUUUUGAUAGGAAAUUUGUUACGGAGCCAACAUCUUAUUAUCAACACUCAGUAGGGAUUUGUGAAUCAGAUCCAAACUCAAAAUGCUCUGUGGCCACGAUAUAUUAUCUUGGUAUCAUACCAAUUACAGAAUCCUCAUCGAUCAGAAUUUCAGUUCAAGGGUUUAACAAUGAAGGAAAAGUGGAUUUGAUAACAACCGAUAAUAGAGAUAUUAGCUUUGACGUCUUGUCAAGACGAGGCACUUUUAGCACACCAACGUACUGUAGCUCCACGAAUGAAGCAAGAGGUUGCUCUAAUGAGCUUGUUCCAACGCCGUCGUACCUGUUUUGUGCCGUGUUGAUAAAGAGCCCUCAAAAAAUCAAUGCUGCUUCAGUUUGUGGAUGUAGAUUGGGAGAUAAUCUCAGCAUUACGCAAUGUAUAUCGUCCAACAUGACAGGCCUAACAGAGUGUACUCUUGACAAGGGAAGCUUUGAAAAAUUAGAGAAAGAGGAGUACUUUUUGAAUGUGGUUGUGGAAAGAGAAGACGUCCCACCACUCAGAGCGUUUGCCUUUAAUCCAGCCGCAUUUACUUACGAUCCAACAAGCAACGUUGUUGGUGUGGUAGUUGGAGUUUUGUUUGUGUUCAUUGCUGGUUCGAUCGUAAUGACGACCGUGGUGAUGGCAGUGAUCCUGUAUCGGAAAAAGUACUCUUCCUAUCAAGCCAUCUAA